AUGUUAAUGAUUGUUAGAUUAAUCCUAGCCUGUUUCUCAUCUUUGUUCACCUUGGUAGUAUCAUACCUUACUUUACAUUCUAUAUCAUUCGUUGCCAAUAGGAUAGAACAGAUACCAAUACCAAAGGAUCAUGCCCUUAACUUUGUGAAGCCAAUGUUCUCUGUGUUUGCCUCCACUAUCAACUCGACACAUGUCUUCCUAUUCGCCGUGUUGCUAGGAAUGAUGUGUCUUCAUCAAUCAUCAAAGAGA